AUGCUGCACUCAGCCAAGGAACCCGCGAAGAAGAUUUUCGCGCCAACAUCCAACUCAGACGACCCAGGCCACGCAACGCAGUACACAAAGGGCGCUCUGGACCGCGAGGACCUGCUGCCGUCGCCGACGGACCAAUUCCACAAGUGGUUCCAAGAAGCGCAAGCAAACAACGUCUACCAGCCCGAAACCGUCACGUUUUCCACGGCCGAGCUGCCCAGCGGCAGGGUGUCUGCGCGCGUAGUCUACAUGAAGGAGCUGGAUGACCGCGGCUUCGUCAUCUACUCCAACUGGGAUACGAGUCGCAAGGCGGGCGAUGUACGCAGCAAUCCGCAUGCGGCGCUGACAUUUCACUGGCGCGAGCUCGAGCGCCAGGUGCGUGUUGAGGGCUCGGUAGAGCGGCUGACGGCCGAGGAAUCCCAGGUCUACUACGACACGCGGAUCCGGGGUUCGCGCAUCGGAGCAUGGGCGAGUCAGCAGAGCAGUGUGAUUCAAAGCAGAGAGGAAUUGGAGAAGCGCGUCGAAGAUGUGGAAAAGAGGUUCGAGGGCCAGGAUAAGAUUCCGGUGCCUGAGUUUUGGGGCGGCCUGAGGGUGGUGCCGGAUAUGGUUGAAUUUUGGCAGGGCAGGCCGAGUCGACUGCAUGAUCGGUUUGCGUACAGCAAGGUCGGUGGAGAGGGAACACAGGAUGCUGAGUGGAAGAUUGAGCGGUUGAGUCCGUAGCGAGGCAUGUCGUUGCCGACGAUACGCAACUAAGAUCUUUCUGCAUCCAUCAAAUAGACUAUAUCACUUCUCUGAAACAUUAAC